UUCUAGCAUAUGCGUAACCUCUAUCUUUUCGAUCGUGUCAUUUAAUAUUUUACACCACGUGGUCUAUUUGUAUCAAUUACAUUUUUUUGUAUUAGCACACGCAUUAAUUUAGAAACCACAUGGAAAUGUAAAUUUGUUAUUAUCGGUAUUUUAUACAUAACUUGAUAUAUCAUAUAUCUAUAUCGAUUAAAUAUUGUCAAUUGCCAUCAAUUCUGAGCGAUGUCUGUAACAUCCUCAAGAGUUACCAGCUUAUCGAAUAUAAUUAGAGAUGUUUCAAAAAUUACUAAUCAGCCCAAUAGAAUAUACUACAGGCCUCCAAAAGGUUUUAGACAUAUACUAUGUGGUUGCAAAUUUGAUACAAAAAAAGAAUAUGAGGGCAUGAUAAGUUCAUUUCGAGAAGGUGCUAUUAAGGACAGUGAUUUAGUAAAUUUUCUAGAAGAAAUAAGGCAAUAUAUAACCUUAUUAGAUUGUGAACAUAAAAUGCUUGUACAAACUCUUCUCGAAAUCAAAUGGACAGACAAGUCACCGGAUUUGAUUUCAACCUAUAAAGCUUUUAUAGAAGAUUUAGUUUGUGCACGAGUUGAAUAUGCAAGAACUGUAUUUGAUCAUCUAGUUAAAUUGUUCAAACCAGUUGUUGAAGAUAAUCGAGAACACAAAGACAAGGAACUCACGCUUCAAGAUACAGAAAGGCUGAAUCAUAUUCAUGACAUGUUAAGCAAAAUUUUGAAAGUAGUACCAAUGUCGAGAAAAUGUUUGUUAUACAGCAUUGAAUCACAAUAUCCAUAUAUUACACACAGCACUUAUAUACAUGAAGUUUACUUACACGGAUUAUUAUAUAUACCAUAUUAUGCACCUUAUCUAAGAUCAGACAUUAUAUCCAUAGUUAUCAAUAGUUUGGCUUUAUUAGAUGUUAAUAUAACUAUGAGGAAAACAAAAGGUUACCAAGAGUUAUACGACAUGAUAGAUAAUACUAAUGAUGACCCAGCUACAGCAAAUAAUGAUGCAGAUAAAGCAGAACAUGUCCAAUUAAUUGAGUGUACACUGGAUAUGUGUAUGGACAUAUUUAUGGAAUUUAUACACAAGUUUUGCUUCAUUAAUCCUAUCGAUCUAAAUAAAAAAAACUUGAAAAUAUUGUACCAUGAUAUUCUCACAGCAUUCGAUAAAGUACUACUACGUGUAGAUCGCACACAAUAUGUGCAGUAUAUUGGAUUCUACUUUUGUAGCUUUAAAUCCGUAGUCGAACCAUUCAUAGACUAUUUGUGGAAGAAAGUAACUGACUGGAAUGAGGCACCAGUUAUAAGACAAUCAGCUGUUUUUUAUAUGUCUAGUUUGGCCGCUUCUGCCUCAUUUAUUACUUCUGAAACGCUGAAGUCGACAAUUUAUAGACUUACGGAUUGGAUACAUGAUUAUAUCGGUACGGACGAAACUUCAGAUAGCUAUGUCGACUUGAAACUGAAUAAUGUGUUUUACUCCGUUUGUCAAGCGUUCUUUUAUUUGUUCGUCGCAAGAUACGAAGAGCUUGUCAGGACAAGAUGUGAUAUACUGUUCAUCCAACAAUUCGAUAUUCCGAGGAUUAUUUCGUGCAAAUUAAACCCUUUGGUAGUGUGCGACAGCAAAAUAGUACGAAAUUUCGCCAAUAUCACGAAGAUGUAUCAACUUGCCUAUUGUGACGCUAUAAUCGAAGACAAUGCGCGUAAACGACUACCUAUUUUCGGAGAACAGGAACUUCUACUUCCCACUUUCUUCCCCUUUGAAUCUUGCGUAUUAGAACGUAGCAAAUCCAGAAUAGCUCCUUUAUUAAUUAGCAAUGAGACAAACAAUGCUAGUAGCCAAUUGAAAGAUAGUCAGUAAGCAGUUUGACGACAGAUUGGUGAUAGGUCGAGCAGAAUCUACUAACAGAUCCAUAGUCAUCUGUGUUCGCAAUCUACUGUUGUUUUGUCGACAGAGACUGUUGACAGAAUCUGACAGCGGAUUGAUGGCAGAAAACGAGCAGGAUCUGCAAUAUGUUCCGUUUAAAUAUAUUGGAAUAACAGAUCCUGCUUGAUUUCUGCUAUCAGUCUGUCAUCAGGUCCUGUUGUAUUUCUGCCAGCAAACUGCUUACACAGUCUGGCAGACACCGCCAAAUCUGCUUUUGCAAGUUUGGCUAUUCGGGUACGAAUAUAAACGUUCCUGAACUAAAUAACUGUGACACUGUGUCUGAGUCAUUAUAAGUGAAUAUAUUUCCCUUUUUAUAUUUUUACUGUUUAUAAUUAUUAUUGUAGACGACAGAAAGAAGAGAAAAAUACAGAUACGUCGUAUACAAUAUGGCAAGAUUCUCCCGAACUCACUUCAUUUAAUUAGAAAAUUGUGAGAAUGUACAGACCCAAAAUGUA